AUGGAAUAUUGUGGAGAAAAACGAUGUGUCGAAAUGGAUCGACCUGUCUCGAUGAGAGCUCUACAGGAUCAUUUAGAGAAGCGAUAUGGUAAACACAUCAAUAUGUACUAUCAACAAGGAAAAGGUGAAGUGGUGGUAUCGAUCAAGAAUCAGGACGAACUGGAUCGCGCCAUUAAGACGGAUGUAGCGGCUGAUGCCCUUCCUGACCAAUCCGGAACGUAUACCGGAAAUAUAGUAGAGGUCAGUUCCGAAAAUAUCGAGGUUCCAUACUCCAUCAAUUGUUCAUCAUGUGGUGCUAGUCGCGUUUCAUUCGCUAGAAGUGCAGGUGAGUCAUCAUGUUCUAGCGGUGUGCAGUGGGAUAUCGACGACAAGAAACUCAGCGCCCAAUCUCCGCGUGCUCCAACACAUUGGAAGGAGGCUAAGUAUGUCAUUAGCGCCCUCUAGUC